CCGCGCGUCGCAGCGCCCAUGGCCCGGCACGAUUUAUGAGGAAUCAAAGAUGAACUUGGAGCAGGAGAGGCCUUUUGUCUGCAGUGCCCCAGGCUGCUCACAGCGUUUUCCAACAGAGGAUCAUCUGAUGAUUCACAGGCACAAACAUGAAAUGACUUUGAAGUUUCCUUCAAUAAAAACAGAUAAUAUGUUAUCAGAUCAGACUCCUACACCAACACGCUUUCUGAAGAACUGUGAGGAAGUGGGCCUCUUCAACGACAUUGACUGCUCCUUGGAGCACGAGUUUAGGAAGGCGCAAGAAGAGGAGAACAACAAACGGAACAUCUCCAUGCACAACACAGUUGGCGGCGCCAUGGCCGGCGCCGGCGCUCACCAGCUGCCCGGCGCGAGGAUGCCGAACCAUGACACCAGCGUGGUGAUCCAGCAGGCCAUGCCCUCGCCGCAGUCCAGCUCCGUCAUUACACAAGCACCUUCCACAAACCGGCAGAUUGGGCCUGUCCCAGGUUCUCUGUCUUCACUCCUGCACCUGCACAACCGACAGCGCCAGCCUAUGCCUGCCUCCAUGCCCGGCACCCUGCCCAACCCAACCAUGCCCGGCUCCUCUGCUGUGCUAAUGCCUAUGGAGCGGCAAAUGUCAAUGAACUCCAACAUCAUGGGCAUGCAGGGGCCGAACCUCAGCAAUCCGUGUGCUUCACCUCAAGUCCCCGCAAUGCAUUCAGAAGCCAAAAUGAGGCUGAAGGCGGCGCUCAGCCACCACCCCGGGGCCAUGCCCAACGGCAACAUGAGCACCAUGGGCCACAUGAUGGAGAUGAUGAACUCGCGGCAGGAGCAGACGCCGCACCACCACCUGCACUCGCACGCGCACGCGCACCCGCCGCUGCCUCCGCACCACUCGUACCCGCACGCGCACCCGCCGCCGCCGCCGCCGCACCACGGCCACGCGCAGCCCCACCACCAGCAGAGCCACCCGCACCACCACUCGCACCUGCACGCGCACCCGCCGCACCACCAGGGCUCGCCGCACCCGCCGCUGCACUCGGGCGCCCAAGCACAGGUCUCGCCAGCAGCCCAGCAGAUGCAGCCCACGCAGACGAUACAGCCGCCGCAGCCCACGGGCGGCCGCCGGCGGAGGGUGGUGGACGAGGACCCCGACGAGCGGAGGCGGAAGUUUCUGGAGAGGAACCGCGCUGCCGCCACGCGCUGCCGCCAGAAGAGGAAGGUCUGGGUGAUGUCCCUGGAGAAGAAAGCAGAAGAACUCACCCAGACAAACAUGCAGCUCCAGAAUGAGGUUUCCAUGCUGAAAAAUGAGGUAGCACAGCUGAAACAGUUAUUGUUAACACAUAAAGACUGUCCGAUAACAGCUAUGCAGAAAGAAUCACAAGGAUAUCUAAGUCCUGAGAGCAGCCCUCCUGCGAGCCCUGUCCCGGCUUGCUCCCAGCAGCAGGUCAUCCAGCACAACACCAUCACGACUUCGUCCUCGGUCAGCGACGUCGUGGGCAGCUCCACCCUCACCCAGCUCGCCAGCCACAGAACAGACAUCAACCCAAUCCUUUAAGACUGGCUGAUCAGGAACUGCUCUGGGAGUGUGGUAGCGUAUCAAGGCGUCCUCCGUGCUAAGGACGCUGGCGACAGUAACUCAAGCCUGGAAGAUUCCUCAGUCCUUGAAAGACUCUGGCUUUCAUUUUUAUAGUUAUUAAAAUGUCUUUUAUACAUAGUUACAUAAAAGGGAGUUAUGCAAUUAAUAUGCUAUCAGCUUGAGAAAUGCUUUGGUGCUUUCUCCAGUUUUUUGGUACCAGUUACUUGUUUAUAAGCCUAACUGUUCCUGUACAUAGUCAUGUUUCCUUCUCACCAGUCUAGCCUGAAGCCUCAGAAAUACGGAGCUGUGUUAAACUGCAGCCUGUUUGCUGACAUGAGGCAUGAGAAGUAUUAAACAGAGUCAUACGUAGGUAACUAGGAUUAAUUAGGC